AUGUCAUCAAUCUUUGGACUUCCGACACAAGGCUCAAAUGUAACAAUUUUGAUUACCUGGGUUGAUGUACAUCCCCGUUGUCUGUUCAUUGAAUUCUGGGCAAAUUUUGGACAAGCGAGGGCAGUGGAUUAUGAAUCCCUGACCAAAAAUAUUCAGUCCCCUGCAAAUUUAUUUCAGGAAUUUGAAGGAAAUCCUGGUGACUUGUGCUUAGUUCAGAACGAGAUUGAUGGUAGAUGGUAUAGGUCCCGCAUUGUGACAAGAAGUGGAUGUAACUGCAAAGUCUUCCUCAUUGAUAAAGGGAUCACAUGCAUCACUACCACAAAGUUAUUGGCUUGGGGUAACAGGGAAUACUUCCACUUGCCACCUGAAGUGGAGUUUUGUUUGCUUGCCAAUGUAGUGCCGCUCUCUCCUGAAAAUAUAUGGUCUCCUAGUGCACUUGAAUUUGUGAAGUCUUUUCAAGGGAAGACAGUUAGAGCAUAUGUGCAAGAUGUACUAGUACAUCAAAGAAAGCUUAUUUUGGACAUCCCUUGCAUAACCAAGUGCAUGCAACAAAUGGGGUUAACAAAGAAACUGGAGCCAAGCAUGUUCCUGGAUGUUGUUCUCAAGGCACAAGAGCCUAGAACUGAAGCUGAGAAGUUUGAUCAAAACUCAGUGGGUGAAGUUGAACAACUAAACAAGAAGGACUUGUACAUGUAUCCAGAGCUGACAAAAGGAGCUGUGGAGACUGUUGUAGUCACAGAAGUAACCAAUCCACAGCGCAUUUUCUGUCAGUUGAAGAUUUUUUCUCAAGAGUUGAAUAAAAUCUCCCAGCAAAUCACAAAGUGCUGUCAGGGAAGAAUGGUCAGAUGCAGUGUCGAUCCCGAAAUGAUAGGAUUUCCUUGUGCUGCAAGAGGAAAUGACGGCAAUUGGUACCGCUCUGUACUGCAACAGGUAUUUCCAUCAAACAAACUGCUGGAAGUACUUAACGUUGACUAUGGCACAAAACAAUUGGUUCAAAUGGAAAAUGUUAGACCACUGGCUCCGGAGUUCUUCAGAAUGCCUGUUGUGACCUAUGUGUGCUCACUCCAUGGAGUUAUUGACAAAGGGGUUGGAUGGACAAGCACACAGAUUAACUAUCUAAAGUCCUUACUCUUGCACAAGACCCUCAUUGCCAAAUUCCAGUACCAAAGUGUCACAGAGGGUGUUUAUUAUGUUACUCUCUAUGGUGAUGAAAAUAAAAACCUCAACAACAUGUUUUGUUCCAAAGACAACCGCUUGCUGGAGAGUGAACAAACACCUGCUGAUUAUGCAACUGGAAACAUGGUGUCCAGGAUCCAGCACCCGUCCCAGUUUCAAAACCAAGGUACGAUCUUACCUUUCGGGCAGACGGCGGUAGUUGAAGAAAAAGUGGAGCAAACGGACAGAUUUCCAGUGGAGAAUGUCUUUCCUGGCACUUUAUAUGUGGCACGUGUCUCUCACGUAACCAACCCUCACGAGUUUUGGAUCCAAACACAAAACCAUACAAAUGAGCUUGAUGAAUUAAUGGGGAAUAUUUCCCACUUGUACAAAUAUACAGACAACAAAUAUGUGAUGGAAACGCCAACACUUGGUGCCAACUGUGCAGCUAAAGCAGCUGAUGGGGAUUUCUACAGAGGUGUUGUGUCAGGAAUUGGUGAAGAUAAAAUCAAGGUGUUCUUUGUGGAUUAUGGAGGCACUGAGGAAGUUGACAGGAGUGACAUCAGGACUCUUCCUGAUAGGUUACAAGAAACACCAAAACUUGCUCUGAAAUGUUCAUUAGCGGGCAUCGGGCCAAAAGAUUCCAGAUGGAGUCGCUGUGCGACCGACUUUUUCAUCAAAGUUACCACAAACAAACUGCUAAAUGUAGAGGUGAUGAAAAAACAUGACCUUACCCAUGUUGUGACACUGAUGGAUCCCAAGUCACGUGAACAAAGGGAUAUUGGUUCACUGCUGUGCUCUUCUGGCCUUGCUGAACGGAAUGAUAUUAAAAAAGCCUCCCAAAUCUCCACUGAGCAAUCGAAAGCUGGAAUCUUGUGUGAUUUCAAAAAUGUUCCUCCUCAGGCCCUGAUCAAUCCUUUUACCAAAGAAUCAAAACCUGGGAAGUUCCCGGAAACUAUGUUUCCCAUUGGUAGUGUCCUGGAUGUCAAUGUGUCAUACAUCACAAGCCCAAAUGAUUUUUGGUGUCAACUAAAUACAAACUCACGGCAGCUGAAAUUGAUGAUGCAUAACAUACAAGCACACUACGCAGGCAGCAUUUAUGAACCUUUUACAGAAAGUGCUUGUGUUGUCCGCCACCCUGACAAUGGAAAGUGGUAUAGGGGUAUUGUAGUUCAGAAACAUGAACAAACUCGAGUAACAGUUCUGUUUGUUGACUACGGCCAAACAAAAACAGUCUCUCUCUACGACCUGAGGGCCAUCUCCCAUGAAUUUCUUGAGCUGCACAGUCAAGCGUUUCGGUGCAGUCUGUUCAACCCUUCCGAGGUCAUGUCAGCUUCAAAUGACUGGAAUGACGACGAAAAAGGAAAGUUUGUCAACUUUGUGGAAACUGCUUCUUCUGACUUUGGUGAAUUGAAGUGCACUGUUUAUGCAGUCAUGUACAAUGAACAAAAAAUUGUCUUCAACAUUGUGGAUCUAGAAACUCCAUUUGAGAGUAUCUGCACUACUAUGGCAAAAUGUGUUCAUAGUAUGCCCCACAGCACAGUCCAGAAACCCUCUUUUCACUUGAAUGCAUACUACUACUCAGCAUACAACAUCAAAAUCGGAAAUGAAGAACAAGUCAAAGUCUCAUGCGUGAACAGUGUCAGUCAGUUCUACUGCCAACUUGAGAGGAAUGGUGAUAUGCUCAAGGACCUGAAUGUGAAUGUCAACAGGCUCUGUCUUCAGCUUGGCAAUGUGAAACCUCCAAAAGUAUUUGGAACAUUGUGCUUUGCAAAGUACGUUGAUGGGCUGUGGUACAGGGGUCAAAUCAAGGCCAUUAAGCCAAAAAUCCUUGUUCAUUUUGUUGAUUAUGGUGAUACAGCUCAAGUGGAUGAGUCAGACUUACUUCCAGUCCCCAAAGAAGCCACCAACAUAAUGUCUGUCCCUGUGCAAGCAGUCGUCUGUUGUCUCUCCGAUGUCCCAACAGAUGUUCCCCGUGAAGUGAAUGACUGGUUUCAAACAUCUGUGACAGAUGGCAAAUACCAAGCACUUGUUGUAGCCAAAGAACCCAGUGGGAGUCUGCAGGUUGAACUUUAUCACAAAAACAUUCAAAUCAAUUCCCAGAUAAAAAACAUCUUUCAUCUUAAAGGGCAUACUGAAGGUCAGGUUCUCUACCAGCAUCGGAAAGCACCCGAGUUCAAGAAGGAAAAGGAGGCAAUGUCUGUUGGCCCCCAUACCAAUAAACAGCUUAACGGAAAACCUGAAUUUCAAGUAAGACAAGCGACACAAUAUUCAAGAUGGAAUUUGGACACCAAUCUGAGGGCUAAAACCCCAUUAGGAGAGCUGUACCAACCACCAUACCGAAGGCAGCAUGAGAUCAAGCCCAAGGAAAUUGAAAAAGAAGAAAAUGUCACAAUCACAAACGAUUCCAAAUCACCUAUUAAAGAUUGUGGCAAUGUGCUUCACCAAACUAAACAUCCAAAACGAUCCAAACUCGAAGACUUGCACAAAAAUGUAAUCACAAUGGGUAUGGCAGCAGAUGUCUAUGUUUCACAUUACAACAGUCCAGCAAGUUUCUAUGUGCAGCUUGUCAGCGAGGAGGAUAAAAUAUUCUCCCUAGGUGACAAGCUUAAUGACGCCACUCCCAAAAUCAGCAUCCCUGAAGUAGAUGUAGGUGACCUAGUUGUAGCAGAAUUCGCUGACGAUUCCUUAUGGUACCGGGCAGGUGUAAAAGAAGUGUUCUCUGACUCGAUGGUUCUUGUUGAGUUUGUUGAUUUUGGCAACACAGCACAAUUGCCACUUUCCAAACUAGCAAAACUCCAUCAGGCUUUUGAGCUGUUGCCUAGGUACAGCACACACUGCAUGCUAAGCGAAGCUGAAUCUCUUGAAGUUCUUGAUGCAGAAGUGGUGUCGACUCUGAAGAAAGAUAUUGGCUCAAAUCCUGAGAAAAAACUGAAAUGCCAUUUUGUACAGGAAGCAGAAGGAGUGUGGCAAGUCACUCUUGAGGAUAAUGGUGUUCAGAUCACAUGUGAAACACCUGCAGCAUGUCCUGAAAUCCCAUCUGACACAGAAGAGGGAAGAAGUGAACAGAACACAAAACCUUCACCAAAUGUGUGUUCGCGCUCUUACCACCAAAUAGAUUUUACAGAGGGACAACGGCUAGAUGUUUACAUCUCAGCUGUAUGUGAUGCGCAUACCUUUUGGUGUCAGCCUGCUGAUUCAGUUGCUCUUGAUAACUUAUCUGAAAGUCUCUCAGAAAUCGGAAAGGCAGCUCAUAAUACAAAUGUCAGCAUAAGCGCUCAGUCGCCUGGCAUGCCUUGCAUUGCAUUUUUUGCAGAUGAUCAGCUUUGGUGCCGUGCUGAAGUACUGAAUAAAAAUGGAGAUGUGCUGUCAGUUGUCUUUGUGGACUAUGGAAACACAUCUGAAAUUACCAUUACAGAUGUGAGGGAGAUAUCAAGUGACCUGUUAGAAACUCCAAAACAAGCAUUUCUGUGUAAGCUUGAAGGGUUUGAUGACCCAAAUGGAUCAUGGUGUGAAGGUGCUUUUGAUGCACUGGCUUCAGUUACUGAGGACAAAUUAUUACAGAUGACUGUCACCAAGCCAUCUCGAGAUAAUAAACAGAACAUGCAUCUUGUACAGCUGGAAUGUGAAGGGCAGCUCUUAAAUGAGACUAUGAAAAGCUGGUGGGUGACUUCAACACUGAAAACAAGUCCCGACGUCACACAGCUCGUACUGGAUAAACACCAAGACCCAAUUGAUGAAUCCGAAAGAAAGCCAGAAAAUGAACCUUCUGACACUGAAGAUGCAAGACACUUUCCUGAUGCCGACACUGAAAGCCAAUGGAAUGAUGCAGAAUUUCACAAUAUAGUAGCAAGCACACCAAAGAACAUUCAGAGCCCUUUGGAUUUUCUUCAAAUUUCAAGUCCUACCGAAAACUUACAAGAAGAGAGCCACAGCCCAAGUGAAGUGAUAAGCACUGUCCCUGCAGUUUUGAUUCCUCACAUGGAAACUAGUGUUUCACAGAUUGAUAGUGGAAUAGAAGUAAAUGUGUUGCCUUUUCAAAAUGUGGCCAAGAAUAGUAAAAUCCUUGACGAUGAAGAGGUGUACAUAACAGAUGCAUCUUUGUCCGAUGAGAACAAAUCUCCACCAGAAAAGACCAUGGAAAAGUCCGGGAUCCAGUUGACCCCAUUUGAAGUGCUGGAUACCUGUACCAUUGAAGAUUGCUCUCAAGUCCAGACUUAUUUCCCUGAUCCAAAUGUUGCUUCUGAUGACGACAAGGAUGCAGAUUUGGCUGCGGAUAUGAAUGGGACAAAAGUGAAAAUGUGUUACACUAUGGCAGAAGAUGAGAAGUCAGAUUUUCCUGAAAGUGAGGAUUCAGUGCUGUGUGACACAGAGGCAAGAUCUCUCAUACCCCUCAGUCCAGAUGAGUGUCGUGUUGAAGAAGUGAUCGGUCUUGUCAGAGCAUUGUCUUUGACAGACAAAGAUGACAUAGAUCAAGAAAAGGAGGCUGCAAUGCAUGUUCCUUUUGUAGACCAAAAGGAGGACGAGGAGACUGACAGAGGGGAUUACGCCAAGAUGAUGAUGGAUCAACAGAGAAGUGACAGCGCCCACAGUUAG